CCGGGUCUGAUUUCGCUAUCUGGGAGCGUCAAACGCGUUCGGGAAGAAAAUGUGCAAGAAAAGUAGGUGAAAAUUGGUGAAAAUUCGGCGUAAAAUCUGUUCAUCGCGUGUGUAAGUGUGUAUGUGCGUUUGUGUGUGUGUGCGCGAAUGCGUUCAGUCAGUGCUAAAUAAAUAGCGAAGAUGUCGGUCCAGUACAGUGUUUGCUACCAGCCGUGUAGACAGAGCGAGCGUUGAUUGAUGUGAAUUGAUAAACACCAAACCACCAGACCACACAACUCGAGAAAACACAACACAAGUAUUUGCAUUGGCACUGUGUGAAGUGUCCCAAGAAAUAAUAGACCGCACGGAUGUCGUCACCACGCCAACGAUACCAAGCCGCAUAAACUCGCGCGGAUAUAUCGAGAUAUCGAGAGAAAGAGAGAGAGAGAGAACUUGUUGCAACAAAGUCGUCCUUUAUUGCGCGCGUCCACGUGUCUCUCGGUGUGAUCCUUUACCGCAAGGUGCCAAAGAAGCAAAUAGAUAAAGCAUAUUUGCGUACGUGAUAAGUGGUGCGCAAGGAUCGGUGGGCAUGUCCUUUGACGGGUGUGCAAUCGUUACCGACAGCUGUUAGUGCGCUACGAAACCCCCUCGCUGCCAAAUCGCGCGUCAUCGGCCACGUCAGUGUUGUGCAAGUGUUUGUGGCGGCGGCACUGCUGGACCGAUUGAUGAAUUUAUCUGGCCGUGGUUUGGCGUGUUCCCGUCGCCCCCCCACCUCCAAUGAAUUGCGCUGUAAUUAGAGAAAGAGAACGAGUGCGAGCGAGAGGCUGCGUCGGUCUCGAGUUUAUGAGCUCGCGCGCGCACCACAGCCCCAGUUAAGCUUGGUUUCGCGCUGGAAGUAGGCGCCCAUGCUGCCGGUUGUUUGGUCUCGUCGAGACACGUGUCAAAUUUGCUAGAUAUAUCCGCGACAUCCCGAACUGUGAACGAGUGUGAAUGUGUACGUGUGAGUGAGUGUAUCCUUGUGUAAAGAAAAAACAAACAGACAUUCCGCGAUCCGCCAUUCCGAGGCGCGCCAUUUCCCCCCCCUUUUUUCGAUCGUUACGGUUUGAACAAACGGAAUAAAUCACGGAGUGUGACGGUAGAGCAGGUGCCAUCCGCAAAACCAGAUUUUCGAUGGUAAAGGCACCACUAUUAUCGACCGCUUCCCAGCAGCAGCAGCAGAAGCCCCAGUGCCCGAAGGAGAUCAUCCACCAACCGUCUACGGUGGCGCUGUCCUGCUCCGCCUCCGCCUCAUCCUCCGCCACCACGCAGGUGCUGAUCCAGGCUCAGCCGCCGCAUCAUCAACACCAUCAUCACCAUCAUCUCCUGCAAGCCCAUCCCGUGCAGCUUCAGCAGCAGCAGCAGCAGCAGCAGCAGCAUCAGCAAUCACAGCAACAGCAGCAGCAACAGCAGCAACCACUAUUCAGCUUCCCACCUCCGCUAACGGCAGCUGCAACGGCAGCACACGCAACCGCCUACUAUCCGAUCGGCACUACGGUCAAGAAGCAUCGCCGGGUGCAGAUACAGAUGGCCACAGAACCACCGAUCGGUGUCGGCACGUCGGGUGGUAUCGUGGUGACGAAAACGGCAACAUCGGCCGCCAUCGCGGUGGUAGCUCCUACGGCCCGUAAUGCAGUCGCCAUGGCCACCGGUGGUUCGCUGAACAGUUGCGUCACGACCGGCACCGGCCCGGGGACAGUUUGUAGUGGUGCUGGCAAUGGAACCGUUGCGGUACAGACGGUUGCCACCAGCCAGGCACAGCAGCCAAUUCUAACGCUUGCACCGAGCAGCGGAGCGGGGGUGGCAGCUUCCGGAGGCCUAAAGGUGAACCAACCGACGCUACAACAUCAGAGGAUUCAAUCGAUGCACCACAUCCAUCACCAUCACCAUCAUCAGCUGAUCAACGGUAUACCGGCAACGGCCGGCCAACGGAUGCCGGCGAAUGCAGCAGCGGCGGCAGCGGUCGUCGCAUCGACGGCGACCCACACCACGCACAAUCCAGCAGCCGCUGCCGCUGCGGCCGCCGCAGCCGCCGGGUGGCCAAUGGUCGAGCCGGUGUUCCAUUUCGGGCCCGGGUUCGAGCUAGAAACACGUCCAUUCUGUCCGGCCCAUACGCCACCGUCGGAGCACGUUGUCCUGUUUCACGUACGGCCCGGGGUAGCGGUCACGUUCCAGAUCGCAGGCAAUCGGGAAACUAUUCGAGGUCCCGUCACACUGCCAAUGGUGUCGCAGAACGGGACGCCCCCGAUGGCGAUGCCGAUGCAGGUACCUCACGGCCACAUGAUGCAGCAGAUAGUGGACGAAAACGGCACGCUGCGACACGUCAUCCUUUCCACCCAGCCGCCCCAACCACUCCGGCAAGGCAAUGUCCAGCAUCAUCUGCAUCCGUCAGCAUUUAUAAAUGGUACGACGGCACCAUUUUUCAACCCGAUCGCCGCCAGCUACCCGGCAGGACCCGGUGCCGGUGCGCCGCAAAUGUAUCCACCGCAGCUGAUUGGAGCGAACGGUGGAACGGGUGCCGGAGCUGGUGUCGGCGGUAACCAUGGGCUUCACACACCGCAAGGAAACGUGCCACACUCACCGUCGCCACCGCACACGAACACCAGCUACCAUAAGGACGAGCGAGCCCAGCGGCAGCACUCGAAACUGCAUCGAAAGCUGGACCAGAAGCAGCGGGAAUUGAACGCAUCUGCAACGACGCCGAUCAAUUCCCCACGAAAGCAUGCCGAACUGAAUGGGAGUGGGGGCGGCGGUGCUAGGAAAGCCCAGCAGCACGGCCCCCAACACCAUCUGCUGCCUAAUCACAUGAACCACCGCAACGGGACGGCAGCCGUUGUGAUUACCACCCCGUUGGCGACCUCCGAGGAGGAAACGUCCAGCGCACCGGACGAGGAGGACGACAACACGCAGUCCAUCAUAGUGGACCACCUGAGCUCGGUACCGUCGCCGCAGGUUACCGAAAUAACGCCCCGCACGGCACUACUCCAAUGGUCACCGCCGACCCCGGUCCCGGUACAGGUGCCGCCCCCGGUGAUACCGGGCGGGCCCGUCCCGGUCGUCCCGCCGCCACCCAUCCCCGGUGCCUUGGAACCGCUACCGUUCAACGUGCAGGAUCUGCGCUACGAGGUGCUGCUGAGCGAUCACGGCAAGGAGAACAAGUAUAAGAGCAUUUUCAAGGGUUCGUCGCUGUCGUGCAAGGUGCAGGAUUUGCGACCGGGCCAGGAGUAUACGGUGCGAUUGCAGGUCUACCUGGACCAGCUGCACGGUUCACCGACGGAACCGACGGUGUUCAAUACGCCCGGUUGCGAACCGGAUGUGCCGCCACCGCCAAAGCUACUAGCUCGUACCAAGAACUCGCUGCAGCUGCGCUGGAACGCACCGGCCGACAAUGGGUCGCACAUCAUACACUACGUGCUGGAGUGCGAUAAUGGCAAGAGUGCCGGCUCGGCGGUGCACCAUUCGUCGCAGCAACAGCAGCAGCAACAGCAGCAGCAGCAGCAGCAACAAUCGAUGCAGCAACAUUUGAGCUACGAGUUUGUGGAGGUGUGCAAAACGAAGGGUAAGCAGUUCCAGCUGAACAAGCUACAACCGUCGACGUACUACGUGUUCCGGUUAUCGGCGGUGAAUGAGUACGGUCGCAGCGGCUACUCGGAUGUGGUGAAGUUCAGCACCGUAGGAAACGCGCCGGCCCAACCCUGUCCACCAACGUUGCGACACGCGACGGCUACCACGCUGAAGCUGGCCUGGCAGCGCCGAUCACCGUGCGAGGAGUACACGCUCCAGAUGAACGACGACCAGGGGUACGGGUAUCGGAACAUCUACAACGGCGUCGAUACGCUGUACGAGUGCAUCGGGUUGCGGCGUGCGUCAACAUUCCAGUUUAGAUUAAGGGCCGAAAACGAUAACGGACGGGGUCCGUGGAGCGAGGAGGUUGUGUUCCGGACGCUACCAACCUGUCCGGGCCGGCCUGCAAAACCACAGGUGAAGGGAAAGGUCCACGCGAACGGAUUCCGGGUAAAGUGGGAUCCACCGCACGAUACGGGCGGGGCUGAGAUCGCUCUCUACCAUCUGGAAAUCAGCUCCGGUGCGUCGUACGAUCGCGUCUACAGUGGCAAAGAGUCGGAAGCAACGAUUGAACGGCUUAACCCCGGUACGGCUUACCAGAUCCGGGUGCUGUGCGAAGGCCCUGGCGGUAUUAGCACCUUUUCCGAGCCGUGUCUCGUAACGACGGAACCGGUUGCGCCUGGACCACCGCAGAAAGCCUACUGCAAGUCACCGCCGACGCCGUACGCGGCUUGCUUGGGCUGGGACAAGCCCGACUACAACGGUGGUUCGCCUGUGCUAGAGUACGAGAUGGAGGUUGAGUCGGUUAGCACGAAGGUGCGCAGUGCCGUGUACCGUGGUAAGGAUAUGUUCUGCGUCGCGAAGGAUUUGCUACCGGGCGAGCAGUACACCGUGCAGGUGCGAGCACUGAACCGCAUCGGUGCCGGCCCGUGGUCGGAAGAGUUCACCUUCACUGCUGGGGCCGCUCCGCCCGAAUCACCGCGCGAUCUGUCGAUCGUCCUCAAAUCGCCAACGCAUUUAACUGUGAUGUGGGCCGAGCCGCACAGCAACGGGUCGCCGAUCAGCGAAUACAUUCUUCAAUCCAGUGCCGAUUCCAACGUGUCGUCCGUCGCUUCGUCGGACACCAACACCACCACCACCACCACCACGACCAGCAGCAGCAGUGAUGCCAACUACCAGACGGUGUACCGUGGCGCCCAUCGGUCCGCCGACGUGCGCAAUCUACAUCCCCACUCGCGGUACCACUUCCGGGUGUGCGCGCUGAAUGCGGCCGGCUGCUCCCGGUACUCGGUAUCGAUCAGCCAGCAGAUGCCGGCAGCCGCCCCGAACGCACCGACCGUCGGUGGACCGAAGGUCACGGCCAAGAGUAUACUUAUAAGCUGGCAGACGCCGCAUGAUAACGGGUCGCCGGUGACGCAGUACAACAUCGAGUGUGGCGAUCGGUUGAUCACGACGGACGCUCACAGUGCCAGUGCGGCCGCAAUCGCAGCUACCUCGCCCGAACACACGGCUGCCGGGUACCACCACAACCACCAGCACCACAACCCAGCCGCCGCCGCCGCCGCCGGUGCCGCCGAAUACGACGACGAGUACGACGAGGAGGAGGAAGAGGAGGAGGAAGCAUCCGUCGGCAGUGCGGCGUCGACCGACGCAGAAGACGAACCAUCGAACAAGGCGACCGCAGCAACGGCCGCUGCAGCGAAUUUAGUAGAUAGCAAAUUAGGCAAACUGGCAGCAUCGGCCGCGGGCAGUCCAGCACACUCCACCAAGAGCAACGGCAAAUCGCACUCAGGUGGUUCGGCGGCAACGGCCGGCGGUCGUACGGCGAGUAGCAGCAACAUGCUGCUGAUCAGCGAUCUGCACCCGGAAACGACGUACAAGCUGCGCAUACAGGCGGUGAACAGUAUCGGUGCGGGACCGUUCUCAAGCUACAUCAAAUUCACCACAUCUCCACUACCGCCCAAACCACCCAAGCUGGAAUGCGCUCAGGCUGGCUACGCGCAUCUGAAGCUUCGGUGGGGCGAGGGCAAAAAUAUCGAUCUGGCGCGUUACUACGUCGAGAUGGAAAACCGUCGCACCGGUGAGUUCCACAACGUGUACACCGGAACGCGCAACACGUGCAAGGUGAUGCGGUUGAACGAGCUGACCGCGUACACCUUCCGGAUAUGUGUCGAGACGCGGCACGCCGGCCGGGGCGAGUUUUCGGACGGCUUUACCUUCACGACGGCGGUGGCCGCACCGAACAGCAUUAAGGUGCCACGCGUAUGCGUUGAUCACCCGGCGAGUGCCGCUGGUUCGUCGAAUGCCGAUUCUGCCCGGCACGGAUCGGUCACGAUCGAGUGGCAGACGAGCCGCAACAAUCCGUUCGUCGAUCCGAUCGAGUACAUACUGCAGAUGGCCAAAGCUAGGGACCAAGAAUUUCAACAGGCCUACCGUGGACCCGAAACGCGAUUUACCGUGCACAAUCUGCAGCAUGGCGUCAGCUACGCAUUCAAGGUAUGCCCGGUACGUGUGCGCCAGAACGGUGAGCACGUGAACGGACCGUUUUCACCGGUGCUGAACCACCAUCUGGCCGCGAACGUGCCCCGAUCGAGCGCGAACGCGGGCCGAUCGGGCCACGGUGCCGGGGCGGAUGAUGUCGACGGACGCACCAUGUUCCAGGGCAACGUGGUUAACAGUCGGGGUGAGUUGGUGCUGACCAAAUCGUCGGCCGGUGCGCUACUGGCCGGCACGAACGGGUACGGUCCGGACGCGGAUGGACAUCAUCAUGGGUCGCGCAGUGAAUCGGUCGCGUCCACCACGCUGCAACAGUUGCAGAAAUUCUUCGAACCCGACUCGAGCAAAGCGGUCGUGUGUGUGGCGGCGCUCUUCCUACUGUCCAUCAUUGUGGCCGCUUUUCUGAAGUAAAGCAGACGGCAGACAUGUAUACACACACGCACACACGCACACUCUCUCUCUCUUCCCCAUUUUUGCGAAAGCGAACGCUCCGCUGUGUCAUUGUGCUGUCCUCUUGAUGUUGUCGUGCUGUUGUCUGUCCGCCGCAGGGAUAUCGUCGCUUCAUAUGUCUAACGAACGUAGCUAACACAUGGCCCUACCCACCCCCAAGGCGCACCAUCCACGGAAGCGCCCAUGCUUGCCACAAAGCAUGAAAAACGUUACAACAGUGCAACGGGGCCGUAUAUAAAAAUGAUUAUUGAUAUAAAAUAUACACAGAACAAACAAACAAAAAGAAUACAAAACAACAAAAAGAGAAAAAUCAUGUGAAAGUGCGCACUAACCGAUACUUUUUAAACGCAAUUAUAAGUCUACUCACAAACAAUCAAAACAUGUAUGUUGCAUUAAACAACACGAAAGCACCAUCAUACACACAAAACCACCACAGCAAAGGGGACAAUGGAGAGCAAGAGAGAAGAGCAAUUGCACACAACAACAAAAAAACACAUGAACGAAAUUCCAGAAGAGAAGACAAGAACAUCCACACUCCGUUGGUUAAAUUACCGCGGACUCAAAACAUUCAGUGUCUCACACACACACGCGCAUACAACUCCUCGAAAGCUAAACUGUUUAGAUGAAGCUUUUUCCAAACGUCCGAUACCGGAGCCGAUCACGACACUUCUCGGCCCGCCGCAUUCCUUCCUGUGUCCUGUAUUUAUGAUUGGUGAGUGCGCAAAAACAAUGUUUAAACAAUGUAAAUGGGGGAAGGAAACUGCACGCGAUGCAGCGAUAUAAUAGCUAAUCAAACAGCGAGCAACAACACGAUCAAUGUAAUAUCCAUUUAGAUAUAGAUAUCAGCCAACACACACACACACACACACACAUAAGAGAAUGGAUCGCGCUCCCGAUCCUGCUGCUACUGUUACAUUUGCUAUAUUGUUUAUUGGCCUUAUUAGCGGAUUAAUUUGUGUUUGUUUCGUACGGGGGGAUAUACACACAUAUAUAUAUAGCGUUAUAUUGCGUGUGCUUGGGCUUGUUUUCGGUGUUACAGUACACAGCUACCUACUAGUACGAUUACUACUACUACUCUACUACCCACUACUACCCACUACUAUGCCCCAAUGCCUAUAGUCGUUCCGUUUUGCUCUGCAGUUUAUCCUGCAACAAUCACCCAUACAUCAAUACACAUUCUACCCGUUGUGUGUGCGCGCGCGUGGUGCUGCACAACCAAUCAAUGACAAGGAAGAUGCGGAAGAAGAAACACAAAACAAGUAUUAUUAAUGGUAGUAGAGAUCCGCCGUGAAGCGUCCCAUCGGGCGUAUCUGUGUGUGUGUGCGCGUAUUUGUCUACAACUGCAUAGCAGAUGAAAUGAGCAGUGUUUUUAUUUUAUUUUUUGGGGGUUUGUGCAGUGCAAAAAAAAAGAUUAAGCAAAUCCUUUAAACACUCACUCGGUCUCAAGCGGACCUGCCAGGAUGCAUCGUUAUCCCGAUAAUAAUCUCUCCAACAAUUUCCAAUAGCGCAUAAGUGUAUGUGGAAACACCCGGGUUGAUCCUUACUGUCUAACGCUCUCCCAACGCAUGUAUGUGAACACUGUAAUAGUACGUUACUGGGCUAGAUCGUACCCAUACACGCACAGCGCCCCAAAAACCCAGCGUUGUCCUUAGCCGAAAUGUCCAUGCCAUCCUUAAAGAAGCCCUACUACACUCUUCUUUCUUCUUCCUCAUUUCUCACCCUUUACAUACCGAAAAAGGGUCAACGAACGGGUAAAAACACUUUCUUCCAUAGGGUCCAACCACCGAAAAAAACAAAACAAAAAAUCCGGAACGAACCAUGCAUUCCAUGUAUGAGCAUAUAAGAAACGAUUGUGUAUUUUUCUGUUUUACCUCCGCAUCAAAAUUGCGUUAUUUUAGUGUGUUAGUAAAUUUUGUACAAAAAAA